GCAAAGUUCUUUCAACAUUGGAAAUUGUAGUGGUGCGUCUAGAUUCUACUUGAUAUCUAUGACAGAUGUAAACAAAUAGGACGAAAAACUUGUCACUUCGGUAAUAGGUAUAGAAGGUCGGUAGCUCGUAGUAGGAAGUGAAAUCACUGAAACUGACUUGCAAUGGCAUCGUCUGGUGGCGGUCCUAAGGUACCCAACUAUAUUUUAGCGGAGAAAAUAGGCUCUGGUAGUUAUGCAGAUGUUUACAAAGCCUAUAGAAAAGGAACAGUCCGAGAAGUUGUCGCUGUGAAGUGUGUUCUGAAAUCCAACUUGUCAAAAUCUGCCCUUGACAACCUUAUCUCGGAAAUUGGUAUCUUGAAAAGGCUUAAGCAUGACCAUAUUGUGGAAAUGAAAGACUUUGUGUGGGAUGAUAAAUAUAUUUAUAUCAUAAUGGAGUACUGCAGUGGUGGCGAUUUGUCUCACUUUGUCAGGUCGCGACAGAGACUGCCAGAGGCUGUUUGUCAGAGGUUUCUCCAGCAGCUCGCUUCAGCACUCAAAUACAUGAGAGAGGAAAACGUCAGCCACUUAGACUUGAAACCAUCCAAUAUAUUCCUGAAAUCUCGUCGUACACCCAUCCUUAAAAUUGGUGAUUUUGGUCUUGCUCAGCUGAUGCCUGAGGAUGAUACCAACAGUACAAUUAAGGGUAGCCCACUCUACAUGGCACCAGAGAUUGUUUUAAAGCGGCAGUACGAUGCCAAGGUUGACCUUUGGUCUGUUGGUGUCAUUCUUUAUGAGUGUCUGUUUGGAAAAGCUCCAUAUUCAUCAAAGACAAUGGAAGAACUGAUAGAAAAGAUAAAAAAAGAGAAGCCUAUCGAAGUUCCAUACGGAACUAAUAUAUCGAUGGAAUGCAGAGAUCUGUUGCAGAGGUGUCUUGAAAGGGAUGUAGAGAAGAGGAUUGAUUUUGAUGCAUUUUUCAAGCAUUCUUUUGUUGAUCUUGACCACAAGCCAGGACCAAACAGCAUUGCCAAAGCUACUGAACUUCUGACAACUGCAGUGAAUCAUGACACCUGUCAAGAAUAUGAACAGGCUUUCAGGUUUUAUAGUGAAGCUCUUCAGUAUCUUGUACCUGCCCUCCAUGUGGAACCAGAUGCUUCAAAGAGAGGCACUUUAAGACGUAAAAUCAGUGAGUAUUUGAAUCGAACUGAAGAGCUGAAGAAGAUAGUUGAUAAUAAUAGUGAAGCUGUUAAGAAUGCCAGAAUUCCAAAGUUACAGAAGCAGGAUUCUAUUCCAUCUGCAGCAGCAUCAUCUGCAGAGUACAAAGGCAACAGGGAUGAACUUAUCAAGUUAACAGCAACAACACCUCAGAUCAAGACUGCAAUGGAAAUUGCAGCAUCAGGUGAGUUAUAUGCCCAUGAAGGAAGUUAUGCCACAGCUUUAGAGAAAUACACUUUAGCUCUAGGAAAACUUCUUGAUUUGUUACAAAAUGAACCAAAAGGUCGUAGAAAAGAAUUAUUGGCUGAAGAAGUAAAUAGAUGGAUGACUCAGGCAGAAUGUUUGAAAGAACUAGUCAGUGGUGGAUCAUCUCCAAAACAUACAGCUGAAACUGAGAAUGUCCCAGAAACAGACUUGGAAAAAAAUUGCUGCAUUCAGUAGAUAUGUGGAAUAGGUUACAUUUUAAAGCUUUCUUUUGUCUUUUACCUUGUACUGCCUUGUAGUUUUUCAUAGUUAUGGUAAUACUAAUGGCAUGAUUAGAAUUGUCAGCAGUGAUAUAUUAGCUAAUAUGUCAUUUUUGUGUUUUCUUCAAUGUGCAGCCUUGUUAUUGAAAAUAUUGUAUCUGUGAUACAAAGUAUAUUUUUGUACAUAAACACAAAAGUUGAAUUUUCAGAAAAGCAAUGCUGAUGGUGCACUCCUUUGUAGUCAGCAGCCUCUUUAAUAUUGUUUUACAAAAGUUGAGUACAAGACAUACUAAUAGCAUGUUUUCAAGAUAAAAGUGGCCUUUGCAAAAUAUUGAUAUGUUUAAGAUAUAUAGAUUGUAUGAUUGAUCUGAAAAUAUCAUAGUAAAUAUGAUUUAUUUUUAAUUAUUGUAAAUCUCUCUCUCUCUCUCUCUCUCAUACAUGUACUGUAUAAAAGUCUGUUUUAGCAUGGGUUUAUUUAGUCAUCCUGCUACAUUAUAAUGUGUAGUUCAUGAAGGAAAUAGAUUUUGCUAGUUUUUAUCAGUUUAAAUUUGAUUGAAGGUGUACAGUUCAUAGGUAUGAGAAACUUGGAUUUCUUAGUGUAAGUAUGACUCAGUAUGAUAUAAUAUUAUAAGAGAAUUUCUUUUCUUAUCCUGAGGGCAUUGCUACUAUUGACAUAUUUUUCUCACAGACUUAUAUGGAGUCCAAGAGUAUAACCUUUAGUUUUUCAUCAACAUUAGUGUGAGAAAUACAGAAGUUUUGUUUCACCACAAACCUACUACUUUACAGCAACCCUGUGUGCUUCCUUGUGUACUUUCAGACAUUCCACAGAAGAGAAAAAAAAUCCUCUAGUCCCACUUAGUAGUCCAUUCAUCCAAGCUUCACCUGUCCUUUUUUUAUGACAAACUGAGUGAUUCUUUGUGUUUGGUAUUUUGUAUACACCUAGCACUAAAAGUUUUUUUUUUUUUUUUUUUUUUUUUUUUAUUCCCCUUCUUAUAAUUAUGAGGUGUUAACCCAACCCCAUCAGUUUGCAUAUAGUACCUGAUCCUGUGGUAAGCAAAACUCUGGCCACACAUAUGAAAGAAUAAUUUUAUUAUGUCAACAUUCACUUUCAUGGAGAUGGUUUUUCUUCGUAGUCAUAAUGCAACCAGAAAAGUUACCCAAAAAGGUACACAAAUGAGAGAGUGGAUGAAAUAUAAUUCAAGAUGGCAUAUAGUGAGCGAGAGGAUGUUAUUCAUUCGUUCUGCACUAAAUAGUUCUGCUCGAAGUUUGAAUUUUCUUCCAAAUGGCAGAACAAGAGUUUUUUUUUCUAAAUUUAGCAGAGAUUGUGAGACAUAAUCAUGAAAUGGGGAAGGUCGAGUGGGGCGUAAGCCAAGACCUUAAUGUACACCAAAAACCAUUAAGCUUGUCAGAAAAUUAUUACUCUUUUAGUAAUACUGAAUAGUAUCCUAACAGUGAGUUUUGAUCUUCCUGUUAAGUACUAGUACCAUAUUUCAAUGGCAUAGAUCAAAUAGAAAUGUACAUGCAUUAAAUAGAAAAAAUCAGUCUCAGUCUCAAUGGCCGUAGGUUCAGUAUUCUUCCACUGGGUGUAAGUCCUCUAAGCCUUCAGAAAUAGCAAUGUAGGAUCAAACUGUCUCAUUGCUGCAUCAACAGGUAUACUAGUGGAUUUUGCACCAUCUGCUUGAUAAUGUAUACUCUAUAUGAUGGCUCAGCUGAAGCAUAUGCCUCCUCUGCUUCACUUGUCUCACUCUGCUUGUUGGUGCCAGUGGCUUUCCUAGCUCCAUGUUCAUACAGCUGCUACUUUUUCCCCUUCAAACAUAUUAUUUGUCUCUUCAACAACACAUCAUUUGGGAUUUAUGAAUAGUAACCCAGAUACUUCUGCAACUACUUUUGAGAGCUUGCUACACACCAUGGAAUUACGACUUUUAGUGGUUUUGAUAUAACUCAUUUUGAAAUAGUAUCUGAACAGAAUUUUCAACAUUUUUGGGACAUUUCUGACUUUUCCAUUCUAUAACAUAAAUCUUUUAACAUCUCAUUUGGUUUGGGUUUAGUGUUUUCACCCCUUGAAAGACUUGUGAAGAAUAUACAGUAACAGACUCACUAUCCAUAUUGAUAUCUUGGAAACAUUUCAAACAGUAAUGCCCAUGGCCAUGUUAACAAGAUUGCAUUUCAUGUCUUGAUCCCAUCUUAGUCCUUAGAACUUGUGGAUAUGUGCAAUCUCUCUAGAAGCUUGUUUGGCUCGACCAGGCCUUGCUUUUAUAUAGCUAUCAUGCAGGACAGCAGCAACAAAAGUAUUAACCUAGUUGGUUACUCAGACUAAUAGAAAGUAGUAAUUGUGAUGAAGCAAGUAUAAUGUAAAAAAAUAUUUUUUGUUUUACAAAGUAAACAUAUAAAUUUCCAGGAAUUCACCCCAUCCCGCUCCCAAUCUCCAUUCCUUGCAACUGAUUAGGCAACACAAGUAGUGACUCAGUCUGCCACUAGUGGGCCAGUGAAUUCCAGAUGCAUGGACUGCCAAAAUACAUUGGAGUAUUUAUUUUUCUUCUUCUGUGGAGUUUGAAGUUUGCAUGGAUGCCCAUGUGAUUAGUGUAAAGUACAAUAAUGGUUUAGUCAUGAGAAAAUUAAUUUUGAUUUUGAAAUGUUAUAUUUUUAAUAAUUUAUAGGAAUUUAAAUUACUUUUAUUUUCUGUAGGAAUUAGUUAUUAGAUAUUCUUUUAAUUAUGUUAUAAAUGUAUAAUAUAAGCACAUCAGUGGAAGUUACUGUAUUUGUUUGUUCAUUAAUUUACAGCACUUUGUUAUGUACACUUAUUUUUUCCCAACCUUUAUAGUGCAGUAACUAAUAGUUGA